AUGAAAAACCAGGAUUUGGUGGACUACUUGAGGUCCUGCGGCGUGUGCGAGAUCUGCCAGUUGCGUUACCUGAAGGCCAGGGGCUCGGAGUACAAGGAUGUAAAGGAAACCCUGCGAAAGUUGGAUGUAAGAGUGAAUGAAAUUGUGGAGAAUGGGGAGGCUGCCAUAUCCCCCGACGAUCGACCUGCCAAGAAAGCCCGCCUAGGCGUUUGUCCUACGUGCUUGGGUUUGUUCUCAGAGGACUUUCAGAUGGAGCUCCUCGGGGGCAUUUUGGCUUCGGACUUUGCCAAAUACGAUUGCCAGAAAAUAGUUUUGGCCAUUUGUUUGCCCAUGUCCCUGCAGCUGAAACAGUUGGCCAUGUGGUUUGCAUUGCAGAGAAAGUUUGGAGCAGAUGUGGACGGUAGUAAUCCCCCAGACGUGCCCAUAAAAGAGGCUGUCAAACUCAUCCUACACCCCAUAAUCUGUGAGAAGUUGGGCAAGGAGUACGAUGCCAACGGACUGAUGAUAAAUAUAGACCUCACCCACAAACUGGAAGACGAGGAGGUGGAGAAACUGGUGAAAUUAAACAGGGAGGCCUUUCCCGCUAAGGCUGCGUAUCAGAAACGCGUUGAAAUUUCGAGGGGUUUACUGGAGAAGCAGUAUCAACCCUCCAAAGUAAAGGCGGAAACCUUUGAGAAGUACUUCCAGAUACCUUGCUCGAACGUAGAGGAACCUGUGAGGCUUACGUCCAUAAACCUGCAAGGGCCCUUGAUCUGUGUGGCUGGCAGAUAUCGAAAGUUGAGCAGGGAACUCUCGCACACUCCGUGGAUUAUGAAUGGCCAACGACUUAUGGAGGACAGUAUUGAGGAAAUAAUCAUCAGACAUGUGGGUCCCCAUUUCGCAGAUAAGCUGGACAAGAUCACCUUUAUGUCGAGUGGCAGGGAAGAUGUUGAUGUCCGUUGUCUCGGAAAGGGCAGACCCUUUGUUUUGGAAAUACCAAAUGCCCUAAACAGUUCUUUAAGUAAAGAGCAAGCUUACAAGAUGGAACAGGCCGUGGAUGCAUCUGGAAAAGUGUCCAUACUGAAUCUACAGGUUGUGGCCAGAGAAGAUUUAACCCAAAUUAAGACUGGAGAAGAACAGAAAAGGAAAUUCUAUCGCGCUCUUUGCGCUUUGAAUGAACCUGUUUCUGUAGAGGUCCUGAAAAAACUGCAAAUUCCACAAAGCUUUGAAAUCCAGCAAAAGACUCCUAUAAGAGUCCUUCAUCGUCGUCCUUUACACACGCGUCCUAGAACGAUAUACAGUGUGAAAGCAAAAAUACAGCGCGGAAAUUCUAGAGCUCUGGUCAUCGACAUUGUCACUCAAGCGGGCACUUACAUAAAGGAGCUGGUUCAUGGCGAAUUUGGACGGACCACGCCAUCAUUGUCCUCGAUUGUAGGCAAACCCAUCGAUAUACAAGCGCUGGAUGUAGUAGGAAUCGAUUUGGAAUGGCCACCAGAGGUGGACAACUCAUUACAUACAGAGGAGGCUCAUCAAAACAAAAGGUAAAAAUAUCCUCAGCGACUGAUUUGUUAUGGUUAAAUUGUCAUCUUCCUGAAAGUCUACAAUCCAGAAUUUAAAAUCGCAACCAUCAGUGCAGAAUAAACCCACAAAGUUAUAUAAGUGUUUUACUUGCUGAUAGGGAUAUAAUGGAUCAAAUUUAACUUUGGGUAACCUUUCUCCAAGCGAUCCCAAAACUAAAAAAUUAAAAAAUAUAACAAUAAAGGACAAAAGCCUUGGCAAACCAAAAAUAAA